GGCUUUCCAGUGUGGGCGGAGCGAGGCUGCAGCUGGCCGGUGCAGGAAGUGCGGGGUCUGCCGGAGUUACACCGUCAUAAACCCGCACAGACACGGAACUCUGACUCUGAGGUUCUCCUCUCGGCUGUUUGCGAUGUGUGAGGCCGUCCUGGUGGAUCUGGUUCACGGCUGCUGUCCGUCAUGCACCGGCGCGUCUCUGCUGGAGGAAUCCGCAUCAGACCCGCAUGUGUUCCUGCUGUGCGGGAGAAGUCACCGGGACAGAAGCGGCUUCUCAGGUCCGGAUCUGAGCUCGUUCAGCAGCGUGCACGUCCUGGACUCCGGCUCCACCGCCGAGUGCCUGUACCGAUUCAAGCAGACCGUGGACCGGCUGGACCUGAGCUCCGUCAGGGUCCUCACAUCCCCACAUGGCCGAGACGUGCUGCGUGUGUACCAGGGGCAGCUCUUCACGGCCGUGUACACCUUUGACUACAAGGUGAAGUCCGUGGACAACCUCACCUGCCCGAGCUGCAGAGGCUCCGCCCACACGGACUCACCUGGUGAAGGAGUCGUAGAAGAAGUUUCGAGGUUCCUCCAGCAGCUGCCCGCCCUGAAGGGAGAGGUCACAGUCCUGAAGUCAACACUGAUCCCAGACUGUUUCGGUCAUGGCUUCAGUACUCGGACGGGCGGUGUGUCCUACAUCCCGACUCUGUCCUCCUUGAAUCUGUUCAGCAGCAGGAGCAGGAGGGACCCCGGGGCUGUAGUGCAGGAGAACAGACGGCGCCUGGGCCUCCGUGCUGGUUUCCACCAUCAGCUGCUACGUCUGGUCAAGGUGAACCACGCCAGCGAUGUUUGGGUCCUGGGGAAGGACGAGCCGGAGAGCUACGACGCCAUGCUAACCAAUCAGACCGGAGUGGUUUUAGCUGCUCCGGGAGCCGACUGCAUGCCGAUCCUGUUCGCUGAUCCGGUGUCAAAGGUCAUCGGCGUCGCUCAUGCAGGUUGGAGAGGGACCCUGAUGGGAGUCGCUACGGCGACGGUGGAGGCCAUGGUGACGGAGUUUGGUUGCCGUCUGAGCGACAUCGUGGUGGCGGUGGGGCCGUCGGUGGGCUCGUGUUGUUUCACCCUGGACAAAGAUCACGCGAUGGAGUUCAGCCGCAUCCAUCCAGACUGCGUCCUUGAUCCAGAGUCAGUCACACCACAUGUGAACAUCCGCCUCGCCAACAGAGUUCUCCUUCAGAAAGGCGGCGUCCUGCCCGAACACAUCCAUGACGACACGGUGACGGAGCGGCCCGGCGUGACGCCCUGCACCUCCUGCCACCCCGAGGCCUUCUUCUCCCACCGCAGAGACGGAACCAACUUCGGCACCCAGGUGGGCUUCCUGUGGAUCAAAGGAACGGGGGACCAGGCCAGACCCCCAGCAGGGGAGACGGUCUGACGGGAGAGACGUCGUUCAGCUGGUAGAAACAGCUGCUGGAACUAAAUCAAUACGUCCCUUUACUUUAUAUCCUGUGGUGGAAUGUAACUAAGUAUGUCUACUCAAGUACUGCAUUUAAGGACAAAUUUGAGGUACUUGUACUUUGUUGCAGUCCUGUUCAAAAUGAGCUCCACCUCAACCAGCUCAGGCAGUCAAAUCCUGCUGACAUGAACGACUGAGUCACAAUAAUCUGAUGAGAUCAGAAAGAACAGCAGAACAGUCACAGGGACGUUUUACUUUAAAUACUUUAAGUACAUUUUCCUGAUUACAUGCUUUGAGUUAUAUUUUCAAUGUAGAACUUUUCACAGUAUCACAGAGUAUUUUCAGUGUACUUCAGUAUACUUCCACUCUUCUGUCUGAUUAUAAGUUGAAGUGAAAUAUUUAAUCAUUUCUGCAUAUUAAUGUUAGUGUUAAAUCAAUGUUAACUGCACUGUUGAAGUGAUUUUAUUGAACAGAAUCAAAUUAAGAUCAGCAGCUGUUGUUAAUGUGCCUGUAAUGAGACGUUCAUGUGCAGGCCGGGGACGUGGGAAAUUUGGCCGCUGUGGGUUUAUUAGUAUCACUACUCUGGAGACAUUAUGGUAACAUUUAUAUCCUGGAAAUGAACAUCCUGACCUCUGAACUGAGAGGUUGAAUCGACCAUCUGGGAGGUUUUAAAAUAUUGAGGUUUUCACAUCCAGAACAUCAAACUGAGAGACAGUAAAGUUCUCUUUUAUUGGUCGAAACAGGCAGCCUCCGCACUCAGCAGUCACUUCCCAAAAAACGCUUAGUCUUACUUUGUUUGAAUACACAUAAUGUACAAACUGCUGACGGAGGAAAGCUUUAAGAUAAGUCCACCGAUCUGUUUUUCAUUUAGACCAGCCAUGUCCAAACUAUUCCGUAAAGGGCCGUGUGGCUGCAGGUUUUCGUUCCAACCAAGGAGGAGCGCACCAGGCUGGACUCAUUUAAUCAGCUGAUGUCCCUUU